AUGUCUUUUUCAGACGCAUACAACAGCAAGAAGCGUGCUAUUUCAUCCGCGCUGCCGAACAAUUCCUACCUUCGCUGGGAUGCGCCUGGCGUGGAGGCACCGAAGUCUAACGAGGCUGAGACGGCAAAGAAGAUUGGAGAGACGAUGAACUGGAUGCAACAGCACAACUCACGUCAAGACGCAGGGUAUCGUCAAGGGCAAGAUGACUGUGCUUCCGGAUUUGCCGGCACAUUUACAGCAAGGCCUUUUCAAGACCCCGGGGGAGGCGCCGACCAGGAACCUGGGCCUCGCGGCCUAGGAAUGCGAGUAUUCGGAGUGCAGGGAGAGAGGCUCCAAAGCGCUGACCCUGAGGUUAGUACCCAGGAUUUCUUCUUUAACAACGCUCCGUCUAUCGAACUGACCGACAUCGAUACCUGUCUUGAGAUCACGCAACUGAGAGAGAAGUACUUUGAUGGUCCCUAG